AUGGCGUGGCAACCGCAACAGGAAGGGCUACAACAGUUGUCUGAAUUAUUGAAGGAUUCGCUGAGUGGAAAUCAGAGAGAAAAGCAGAAGCAAGCGGAGCAGACUCUACAGCAAGCGGCGAACUCACCCGACUAUUCUUACUACCUGACUUACAUCUUUUACAACCCUGAAAUCGGAAGUACUUUCCUUGUUCGAUAUGCUGCUGCUAUUCAGCUCAAGAACCACAUCAAGCUAAAUUACAAAUCUAUACCAAAGGACCAGCUUGCCUUUGUGAAACAAUACACGUUGCAAACUCUGCGCGAUGCAAAUCCACAGCUGCGCAGUUUUGCUGGAACGAUAAUCACUGAGAUUGUGCAGCAGGGUGGCAUACUACAAUGGCCUGAGGUGUUACAAGAUCUGAUCUCACUAGUCGAAAGCACAGCUAGCGAUGUGACCCCUGAUGUGCAGGAGGCAGCCAUGUCUGCUCUGGCAAAAGUCUGCGAAGAUAAUCGCAAGUUGCUUGACAAGGAAUAUUCGGGACAGAGACCAACCACAGUCAUUAUUCCAAAGAUGCUCGAUUUUGCUGGACAUAAUCACCCAAAGAUUCGUGUGUUGGCCGUGCAAACCUUGAGGGCGUUCAUUCUACAGAAGAGUCAGAUCCUUUUCGAUCAUCUGGACGUAUACCUACAGAAAAUAUUUCAGCUUGCAACAGAUGAAGAUGUGGGUGUAAGACGCACAGUUUGUCAAAGUCUUGUACAGCUUGUUGAGAUGCGCCCGGAUAUGCUCGCACCUCACAUGGAGGGUCUAGUCAACUACAUCCUGAUGCAGCAGCAACAAAGUGCUGGCAAUCCAGAACUAGCUCUUGACGCUGCCGAGUUCUGGCUUAGUGUUGGCGAGGAGACAGAGCUUAGAGACCUAAUGGGACCAUACCUUGAAAGAACAAUUCCGAUCCUGCUCGCCGGCAUGGUAUACGGUGAAGAGGACAUAUUGAGACUAGGUGGUGACGAACAAAAUGCCGAUGUCGACGAUCGAGCCGAGGACAUCAAACCACAAUUCGCACAAACGAAAGCUGGUCGAGGGGCACUGGCACAGACUAACGGUGAGAACGGCACACAUCCGAAUCAAGCUCAAAAGGAGAAGCAAGAUAUGAGCGAUGGCGAGAUCGAAGACGACGAGGACGAAGAUGACGACUGGGAUGAAGAUGGAAAUCCCGAGGAGGCCUGGAGUCUACGCAAGUGUUCUGCAGCCGCACUAGACGUCUUUGCAGUACAUUACCACGGAGAUGUGUUCAACAUCAUCCUACCAUAUCUGAGAGAAAAUCUGUCACAUGCGCUCUGGCCGAAGCGAGAGGCAGCAGUACUAGCACUCGGCGCUAUAGCCGAAGGGUGUCUACCUGUGGUAGCACCUCAUUUACCAGAGCUCGUACCCUUCCUCAUCAAUCUGCUUUCAGAUGAAGAACCAGUCGUACGUGUCAUCACAUGCUGGUGCCUAUCGAGGUACUCGGAAUGGGCUGCAGAAUUGCCGGAUCCAGCAGAUGUCCAGAAAUAUUUCGAACCUAUGAUGGACGGCCUGCUUCAACGGAUGUUGGACAAGAACAAGAAAGUCCAGGAAGCAGGCGCAUCUUCGUUUGCUAGCCUAGAGGAGAAGGCGGGCGCUCGUUUGAAGCCUUACGUCGAGCCGAUAUUACGACAGUUUGUCCUCUGCUUCGAACGCUACAAGGACAAGAACAUGUACAUACUGUAUGACUGCUUGCAGACACUGGCCGACAGUGUACAUUCCGAAAUGGCCAAACCUGAACUUGUCGACCUUCUUAUGCCGGUACUGAUCAAUCGUUGGAACAAAAUUGACGAUCAGUCACGGGAGAUGUUCCCCUUACUGGGCUGCCUCAGCUAUAUUGCUAUAGCUUACGGACCUAACUUUUCACAGUUUGCGGAUCCGAUCUUUGACCGAUGCAUGAAGAUGAUAUAUGAUUGUUUACAGCAACACAUGUCAUUCACCACAGGCGCAACGGUUGACAAACCGGACAAAGACUUUGUGGUUUCAGCUCUUGACCUCCUUUCGGCUGUGAUUCAAGCGAUCGACACCUCGAAAUCGGGUCUGCUGGUUACCAAUGCUCAACCGCCUUUCUACGACUUGCUGUCCUUCUGCAUGGAGGAUCCUACAGACGAUGUCCGCCAAUCAGCUUAUGCGCUGCUUGGUGAUAGCGCGAUUAUGCUUUUCAACACACUAGAGCCUCAGCUGCCGAAACUCAUGCCUAUAUUGAUACGUCAACUUGACCUGAAUCGAAUUAGAGACGAAGAUUCGGACAACGCCUUCAAUGUGGUGAUCAAUGUUUGCUGGUCUGCAGGCGAAGUCGUGGCUCGAGCAGGACCAAAGUUCCAACCUUUCAUCGAGCCCCUCUACCAAGGCCUAAUUGAGAUUGUGAAGAACGAAGAAGUGCCAGAUGGCGCCAACGAGAAUGCCGCAAUCACCCUUGGUCGCAUGGGUCUAGCUUGCCCGGAUCAAAUGGCUGCACACUUGCCUGAAGUUGCGGGGCCUUUCCUGGACAGUAUGAGUAAAGUGGCAAGCACGGAGGAAAAAGCUAGCGCGUUCUUAGGAUUUAACAACAUGAUCCAGAGAAACCCGAAGGCUAUGGAGGGUUCCCUGACCGAAUACUUCACAGCCAUUGCACAAUUUCCCUAUAAGCAGCAAGACAGCGAAUAUGCCGCAGUCAAGCAGAGUUUCGGCCUGGUCAUACAGGGAUACAACCAGCUCAUCCCUGACUUUGGCUCAUUUGUUGCAAGGCUGGCACCAAAUGUUCAGCAAAAGUUGAGACAUGCAUAUUCUUUAUGA